UUACGGAAGAAAAGCUGAGGGCCAUGCGCAGCGGCUGCACAAUCGACGGGGUUCGGUACAAGGGCAUGUUCGUGAGAGUGGAAGGGGGCGGGGGCAAGGGGAGAGAGGGCCGGAACGCCUGGCUCACCAUUGAGUGCACCGAAGGAAAAAUCUGCAAGUACUUGUGCCUGACCGUAAACCGGCUGGCCAGGACCGGCUACGGCCCCUUCAGCCUGGGAAAGGUACGGGCCGGCGGGGUCGCCGCCGUAGAAAUCCCGAAGGCGUUCAUGCGCCGUCUCGAAGACGGCGGUGGCUCGCCGGGCGGGGCAGGAGGCGGCGGCAGCGGUACCAGCGGGAGAAGACUGGGCCCGGGGCCUGGGAACGGGAUGCGGCGGGAAUUGGAGGCUGGGAGGAUGAGGGUAUCGGAGGUGUCUUCGCCGGGGGGCGGGAACAGCAGCACUGUAGGCGGGGGAAGGGACACCGACGAUCGCGCUAUUAGCUCUGGAGGGCGGCAUUGGGGCGAUGGGUUUAGAGGAGCUGGUAGGUCGUGGGGAGGGAAAGGGGGCCCGCGGAUUCGGAAAGGGGUCGGGGCGCCGAUGUCACGGGGGGAUAAUUCCGCCCGUCCAACGGCGCAGCAGCGCGCACGGUAGGGGCAGGUUGUCGGGGGCGGGGAAGCAGAGAGUCUGGGAGAUAUGUACAAAUAGUGAAGUGCUUGCCGGGAGACUUUUGAAGCCCAAGUCAAAGCAUUGACUAUUUACAUUGUUGUCAGGGCUGUGACUUUUUAUCUGAUUUGAUUUCAGCAUCUAAAGAACGACCGUGACAUGUAGUGAGAAUGGAAUGUAUCCAAGGUGUGUGCAUGGUCGCUCUGAAAAAGACACACAAAGAGGGUGAACAAUAGACGGAGCUCUUUUCCCGUCGAAGUUCGAAGACUAUGCCAGUUUGUACAACGCCGCCCCCCUACAGUGCGGCAAAUAUAAAUACCUCAGGCAGGAACCG